GCUUGCCAUAGCCCAGCUUUCGCCCUACACAUUUGCGGCUUUCGUGGAUACAUUAGCAAGCGAUGCUUUUAGAUCCCAGUCGCCUGGCUUUGCCAAGGCGGCUAGAGGUCAUCGGGAAGUCUUUCGCCUCGAAUCGCUCUGACUCAGACGGCUAGCUGGUGCCUCCCGCUGUGCCUUGGAAGUUCGCGCCCUCCUCUGGUUCUGGUCCAGGUGCACAGGAAGCGCCAGGGAAGGACGCAGGUGCCCAGGAGAGGGGGGGCCGUGAAGGCGCCCCAGUGAGGAACUAAAAGAUCGAACCUGCGGACCAAGCGCAAAGGAGAAACUGAAAGUACACCGCCGGCUGAUCCUACGGAAGUUAUGGGAAAGGCAAAGCGCCGAGCCGGGCCGUGGUGUGUGCCGCCCCCCUUGGGAUGGAUGAAACAGCAGGCGCGGCGUGGGUGAGAGGAGCCAGCGGCAGAGACUGCCCUCGCCGGCACCGACUCCCGGCACCUCCGCGGAAGACCAGGGUCCUGGGAGUGAGUAUGGGCGGUGAGAGCUCGCUCCUGCAGCAGUUGCGAUCACCAUGACCACGCCCGCCUCCCGCAGAUCAUGUUCCAUGUUUCUUUUAGGUAUAUCUUUGGAAUUCCUCCCCUGAUCCUUGUUCUGUUGCCAGUAGCAUCGUCUGACUGUGAUAUUGAAGGUAAAGACGGCAAAGAAUAUCAGAAUGUUCUAAUGAUCAGCAUCGAUGAAUUGGACAGCAUGAUAGAAAUUGAUAGCAAUUGCCUGAAUAAUGAAUCUAACUUUUUUAAAAAACAUUCAUGUGAUGAUAAUAAGGAACCUCAGUUUUUAAAGCGUGCUGCUCGCAAGAUGAGGCAAUUUCUUAAAAUGAAUAUCAGUGAGGAUUUCAAUCUCCACUUAGCAAGAGUUUCACAGGGCACAUUAAAGCUGUCGAACUGCACCACCAAGGGUAAAGGAAGAAAACCACCUUCUCUGGGUGAAGCCCAACCCACUAAGAAUUUGGAAGAGAAUAAAUCUUUAAAGGAACAGAAAAAACAGAAUGACUUGUGUUUCCUAAAGAUACUACUACAAAAGAUAAAAACUUGUUGGAAUAAAAUUUUGAGGGACGCUAAAGAACACUGAAAAAUAUGGAGUGGCAACAUAAAAACAGAUGAACUUCAGUUGUAUCCUCCAAGAAUCUAUCUGCUCAUGCAAUUUUUCAGGGUAGAAUGUCUUCUAGAGGUUACUGAAUGCAUCCUGGUAAAAACGGAUUAGAGCAAUUGAGAAAUCCAUACUGUAAUACUAGAAGAUGGGUGUAAACAAUGGAAACAAUGCUGCGAUCAACAACUAUUCCAUAUAUGUGCGGACAUAUACCAAUCGGUAUUAAUUCUGUGCUGAUUUUUGUAAGACUAUCCAUGUAAGAUGUUACUUGCGACAACACUUUUUAAACCUGUUUCAGAAGAUAUAUAAAAUCUAUGAAGUAUAUAAAGGUAACAAGAAUUAAAAAUUAACAUUGCUUUAUUAUCAAAAUAACUUUACGGCCCACUAUGCAUCAGUGUACCGCAGCGAGACUGGAAAUUGUCUUCUGCGCUGGAAAUCUCAGAAUUAACAGUGAGAAAUGGAUAAUGCCCAUGAGAACAAGAGUCAUAUAGCUUACAGAAGGAGCAGCAUAAAGGAGUCCAAGAUACUUAAGAGAGAUAUCAAGAGAUGUAAUUCACAUGAAUGUAUAACGCAGUGCCUACAAUAAAUGGUAUAGCAAAUGUUUUAAAAUGAAAAUAAAGAAUAAUUUCUCAAAACAGAAAGUCAGCUGUUCUAAGGAUGCUAAACAGUAGUACUGAGUUACUUUUGUCAUUUAUGUAUAAUAAAACUUGUCUAAAUGAGUUUGCAAUUCGGUAAGUAUAUUUUUAGAGAAUAAUAUAUGUUGGCCUUUUAAUUAAUGAAAUGUGUAUAUUUAAUUUUGACACUAUAUCUGUAUAUAAAAAUAUUUUCAUAUAGUAUUACAAACAAAUCGCUUAUUUUGGAUAACCUUUCUUCUCUUAUAAUAAAUGACUAUGUAUUAACACUGUCAGAUUCACUUAAUGGAUCUCAACAAGACUUUCAAGAUUUUUAAUCUUCCAUCACUAUUUGAUCUCUCACUUUCAUUGAAUAAAUGACCUUUAAUACCUUAUUACCAAGAACGUGCAUGAGACCAGAACCCUUAAACUGUGUAAGAACAGGAACACUAAUUCACUUUCUGUGUUAAAUUUUAGUCUUUUACAAGAAGCUUUUGUAUAUACAUCAGGCCCAGUUUAGAAAGAUCUGCCGACAGUCUUCACUUACUUUUAAAGGGAAAUGAAAACACUAUUCUAGCGAGGCGAGAGUCCUCAAACAGCCAUGAGUUUGCAGUUUGCUGAACUCACAUCCUUCAGGCUCCUUCACAGCUCACUCCCACCUGGCUUUACUUGACCUACAGAUGAUGCUCAGGAGCCACCCUCCAUGUGUGGUGGUAAGACCUUCCUCUCCGUUCAUGUCUGUCUCUCCGCCUUUUUCUCACUCUCCCCACCUCUUACGGAUUUUCAGAUAGCUGUAUAGAAUUGUACAGACAAUUGUAUAGAAUUCAGACUGCCUCAUUAAUGAGGCUUUGAGUCAAAUAUGUUUUCUGUUUGGUUUUCAUUAUAACUCCAGACAAGGGAGUUGACUAACACUUUUUAGGAGCAAAUGAUUCUUCGCCAAGCCCUUUGUUUCUUCACAUGAACUUUCUCCGAGUUGGUUGUGCUUCCUUCUGCCAUAAAACACGGUCAACUCUGUGGUACACCUCUGCUCUGAUGAUCUGGUGCUGUUGGUAAACCAUCAGCUAUAGAAAUGAGAAAAUCUUCAGUUUCUAAAGGUAAACUCUUUAAACUGUGCUUGAAAGUAUUUCCUUGAAGGCUAUCCUAAAACACGCCUAACACUGUUGGAAAAAAAUGCAGAGAUUGUGGCAAAAUAAGGAGCGAUAUUUUAAAAUGCUUGUUAAAAGUUAUUAAAAUUUUCUCCCUUGGUUUUUAUCAUUUGUUUAAGAUACAUUUGAAUUUUAGAGAAAAUUCACACUCAAAAAAGUUUACUCAACAUACACUGUGUGUCAAAUGUUUGGAAAAAAAAUACCAGGCAAUUAUAGUUGUAUUUCUCUUCUUCCCUUCCUAGCCACUAGCAAGGUAAGUAGAGACAAGGCAGGCUGGUUAAUAAUGAUCUU